GCUAAGUGGAAGCCGAGGGGCCGCGUCGGAGCCAGCGGGGCGGAGAGCCCGGUGGCCGGGGCCGGACGGGGCCGCAGCGAAGCGGCGCUCGAGUGGCAUGAGGCCGAGGGGCCGCCUGGGCGCUCUCUGCCGGCCGGGCUUUGGCGGGGAAGAGCUGCGGACGAGCGGCGUGCCCAAGACCAUGUGCAGAGCGCCCUCCGGCCGACGCACCCGCCCUUCUCCCGCGGCGCGCCUGCAAAGCGCUCCGGCCCCGAACAAGCGACGGCGGCGCCCCCAUGGAUAUUGACCUGGACUACGAGCGCCCCAACGUCGAGACCAUCAAGUGCGUGGUGGUGGGCGACAACGCGGUGGGCAAGACGCGGCUCAUCUGCGCGCGGGCCUGCAACGCCACGCUCACCCAGUACCAGCUGCUGGCCACGCACGUGCCCACCGUCUGGGCCAUCGACCAGUACCGCGUGUGCCAGGAGGUGCUGGAGCGCUCCCGCGACGUGGUGGACGAGGUCAGCAUCUCCCUGCGCCUCUGGGACACCUUCGGGGACCACCACAAGGAUCGGCGGUUCGCCUACGGCAGAUCCGAUGUGGUGGUGCUCUGCUUCUCCUUGGCCAACCCCAACUCGCUGCGGCAUGUGAAGACCAUGUGGUACCCAGAAAUCAAGCACUUCUGCCCGCGUACCCCCAUCGUGCUGGUGGGCUGCCAGCUGGACCUGCGCUAUGCAGACCUUGAGGCAGUGAACCGGGCGCGCCGUCCCUUGGCCAAACCCAUUAAACCUUCAGACAUCCUGCCCCCUGAGUGCGGGCAUGAGGUAGCCAAGGAACUGGGCAUCCCAUACUAUGAGACGAGUGUCGUGGCCCAAUUUGGCAUCAAGGACGUCUUCGACAAUGCAAUUCGGGCUGCCCUCAUCUCCCGCCGCCAUCUCCAGUUCUGGAAAUCUCACCUGAAGAAGACACAGCGGCCACUGUUGCAGGCCCCCUUCCUGCCACCCAAGCCUCUCCCGCCUAUCAUCCACAUCCCUGAGCCAGCUGCUGGGGAAGGCCGGGGACCCGGCGCUCUCUUCCACGAGCCCCUUUGUGCCGAUGUGGUCUUCCGCUUACCAGGAGGCCACCAGCUCUUUGCACACAGAGUCUACCUGGCCACAGCCUGCUCCCGAUUCUACGACCUCUUCAUGCUGGACUUGGGGGAUGAGCCGGCUGGUGGGAAGGAGCCCGCCGGGCGGACAAAGAGCUUGGAUGCAGCAGAUCAGGGAUGCCUGGCCACAGCCACGCGGGCUGUGCCACUGCGGCCCUCUCAGAGUGACGAGCCACUGUGCACCGCUCGGAUGCCUCGUCCGGUCUCUGGCUGGGGCCGGGGCAUUGUUGAUGUGCAGCGGGAGAUGGUGCGGGAUCCCGUCACGCAGCAGGAGAAGCCGAUGACAGCCGUGUACCUGGAUGAACCAGUGCAGGAGGGCCCUUUCAAGGUGGUGCUGGAGUACCUGUACACUGGGUGCCUGGAUCAGUCCCAGGCCAGCCUCAUGCAGGUGGCUGCCAUGGCUGAGCUGCUGGAGGUCUUCGACUUGCGCAUGAUGGUGGCCAACGUCCUCAACAAGGAGAGCUUCAUGAACUGCGAGAUCACCAAGGCCUUCCAUGUGCGCCGGGCCAACCGGAUCAAGGAGUGCCUGAGCAAAGGCUCCUUCGCAGAUGUGGUGUUCCUGGUUGAUGAUGGCUCGGUGCCAGCGCACAAGCCCCUUCUGCUCGCAGGCUGUGACUUCAUGGUGGCCAUGUUUGGGGGCACCUUCCGGGAGAGCUGUGCUGCUGAGGUCUCCCUGCCAGGCACCAACUGUGCCUGCCUUCGGGCUGUGCUGGAGUUCCUGUACACGGAGCUCUUUGUGCCCAGCCCAGACCUGGACGCCAUGGAGUUGCUGGUGCUCACCAACCGCCUCUGCCUGACCCGCCUGCAGGCCCUGACCGAGCAGUAUGCAGUGGAUGAGCUGGUGCGUGCCAGCCUUCAGCAGGUGGAAAUCGAUGCCCAGGUGAUCCUCUACCUGGAAAUGACACAGUUCCAUAAUGCUCUCCAGCUGGCCGCCUGGUGCCUUCACUACAUCUGCACCAACUACAACAGUGUUUGCCGCCGGUUCCCCCGUGAGAUGAAGGCCCUGUCUCCCGAGAACAGGGCCCACUUCGAGAGCCACCGCUGGCCCCCCAUCUGGUACCUGAAGGAGGAGGACCGCUACCUGCGCAUGCAGAAGGAGCGGGCACAGGAGGAGGAGGAGGCCCUCCGCAAGCAGCAUCCGCGCAGCAAGUGGUGCUUCUGGCGCCCCCACCAGCCCAGCCAUGUCUCCUGAGCAGGGUCCCACCCACCGGGGGGAGGGAGGGGGCCGCCCUACUGCUGGUGCCUUUGCUGGGGAGAGGCGCCUCUGCCUUGUCUACUAGCUGCCUCUCCACCCACAGCUCUGUGCCUCUUGCCGCGGCUGCCAUGCCUUUACCUGGGGGGUGGGCAGGGGCCCAGCAUCGGUUGCUACCUCUGACCUUGGCAGUAUUCGGGGGGCGGGGGGGGGGGUGGACGUACAGGUGAUGGAGGAAAAAGAGGGGGGUUUGUGGUGUGUCUACGUGCUGUGGAAGGGGAUUGGUGGGAGGAUUUUGGGAGGCGGGGGGGUGCAUGAGCAGAGGAGCUAGAGCCCCUUAGUUGGGGUGGGCACUAGCUGUAGAAAGGGCUCCCUCUUCCUUGUCCGUGAGAAGGGGGCAAUGCAGAGAGGCUUUGAGGCUGCGCCUCGAGCACCAGGCAGCCUCUGCCCAGAAUUGGCCUUUCCUUGGGGUGGGAGCAUCUGCUCUUCCUUCUUGCCCCUCCUGCCUGGUGCAUUAAGGGAAAUUGCUGCCAAUAAUUUUAGCAAAGGGGGGGGGAGAGCCUGCAGAGCUGCAGUUUUUAAACCUUUUUCACUUUUUUCUACCAUUUUUUUCGCAACAUGUAAGCCAAGCACAAAGUGACUUGGGGGGUGGGCCAAUGUGACCUUCCCACCCCGGACCGAAGGGCUUUGAUGCCCCUAGGCCCCUCGUGGCCUGCGUGCAUCUGCAUAACCACUGUGAGCUGGGCUAGCCCCCAUUUCUUAUACAUUUUGCUGUUGGGCUGUUUGGAAUCUUUAAUAAAGAGCCUUUUGUAUUGUG